AUACUGAGAUACAAGGAAAAACAUAUCUGGGAUUUUAUAAAUAUUUUUUGGCAAACUUGUGUUUGUGUGUCAACUUGAAGAAAAAAAGAUGGGGACAGGGGAAGAAGUUUCAAGUUCUAGCUCUGGGAAUCAAAACAAGUGCUACAGCGACAUAACCAAUAUGAUUUUGAUUGUAUAUGAUCUAACUGCCAUCAAUAAUUACUUUUAUUGGGUUGGUUUUGGGAUUUUCCACUCCGGUUUGAAGGAAACUGAACUAUUAUCUCCUUAUUUAUGUACAGUUCAUGGUAAAGAGUAUGGGUUUGGGGCCCAUGACUUUCCAAUUAGUGGAUUUUUUGAAGUAGAGCGUAAGAGCUGCCCUGGUUUUACCUACCGAUGUUCCAUCUCAUUGGGAUGCAUACACAUGCUUUUCUAUGAAUUCAGAGCAUUGGUCGAGAGUGUAGCUUCUGAGUAUCAUGGAGAUACCUAUCACCUUAUCUCCAAGAACUGUAUCCACUUUACAGAAGACAUGGUUCAUAGAUUGACUGGCAAACAUAUCCCUGGAUGGGUAAACCGGCUGGCUCGGUUAGGUUAUUUAUGCAGCUGUCUGCUUCCUGAAAGCCUUCAAGUAACCACAGCGAAACAGUUGCCUGAAUAUCCCGAAAUCGAAGAAGGAACCGAAACUCUCUUGACAGCCAGCCCCGGCGACUCGACAGAAAUGGAUGAUACAGAUCCGGAGAAGCAGUUGCUGUCACCAAAAGAGGGACCUACGGACAUAUCUUUCAUUAAAGAAGCCCAAACGAAUGACUGCAGGGGGCCUCAAAAGGGAGAGCUUGCAUUGCAUGACUUUCAUUUGAAUGUUGUAAUUUGAUUUCUAGUAUUCUUCCCAAUUUUGGGGCUUCCUCAUUUUUCUCCUGUUCAUUAUUUAAGCAGAAGACUUGGAGCUUUGUUGUUGAAGCUCACAGGGAGUGGUUAUACAUUAAACUUUCGGAUGCGAUAAUUUAUUGUCAGCAUUUCUGAUGGAAGAAAUUAGGUCUUUUGCAUCAGUUGAAUAAUAGUUGGAAGAAAUUA